GAUGGAUUCACUAAUGAUCUCACUGUCUCACACUCCUACACCCUCUGUACACUGUCACAUUCCCUCACCCUGUACAUAGUGUCACAUUCCCUCACCCUGUACAUAGUGUCACAUUCCCUCACCCUGUACAUAGUGUCACAUUCCCUCACCCUGUACAUAGUGCCACAUUCCCUCACCCUGUACAUAGUGUCACAUUCCCUCACCCUGUACAUAGUGUCACACUCCCUCAACCUGUACAUAGUGUCACAUUCCCUCACCCUGUACAUAGUGUCACAUUCCCUCACCCUGUACAUAGUAAUCACAUUCACCUCACCCUGUACAUAGUGUCACACUCCUCAACCUGUACAUAGUGUCACACUUCCUCACCUGUACAUAGUGUCACAUUCCCUCACCCUGUACAUAGUGUCACAUUCCCUCACCCUGUGCAUAGUGUCACAUUCCCUCACCCUGUACAUAGUGUCACAUUCCCUCACCCUGUACAUAGUGUCACAUUCCCUCACCCUGUACAUAGUGUCACACUCCCUCACCUGUACAUAGUGUCUACAUUCCUCACCCUGUACAUAGUGUCUACAUUCCCUCACCCUGUACAUAGUGUCACAUUCCCUCACCCUGUACAUAGUGUUACAUUCCCUCACCCUGUACAUAGUGUCACAUUCCCUCACCCUGUACAUAGUGUCACACUCCCUCACCCUGUACAUAGUGUCACAUUCCCUCACCCUGUACAUAGUGUCACAUUCCCUCACCCUGUACAUAGUGUCACAUUCCCUCACCCUGUACAUAGUGUCACAUCCCUCACCCUGUACAUAGUGUCACAUUCCCUCACCCUGUACAUAGUGUCACAUUCCCUCACCCUGUACAUAGUGUCACACUCCCUCACCCUGUACAUAGUGUUACAUUCCCUCACCCUGUACAUAGUGUUACAUUCCCUCACCCUGUACAUAGUGUAACAUUCCCUCACCCUGUACAUAGUGUCACAUUCCCUCACCCUGUACAUAGUGUCACAUUCCCUCACCCUGUACAUAGUGUCACAUUCCCUCACCCUGUACAUAGUGUCACAUUCCCUCACCCUGUACAUAGUGUCACACUCCCUCAACCUGUACAUAGUGUCACAUUCCCUCACCCUGUACAUAGUGUCACAUUCCCUCACCCUGUACAUAGUGUCACAUUCCCUCACCCUGUACAUAGUGUCACACUCCCUCAACCUGUACAUAGUGUCACAUUUUCUCACCCUGUACAUAGUGUCACAUUCCCUCACCCUGUACAUAGUGUCACAGUUGCCUACUUGUUUGACA